UCGGCUGGAGCGGACCUGUAGAAAGUGCAACAGAGGCGCGAAUCUAACCGAUACACUUCCGAUCUUAACCGUUUCGACCGCAACCGGCGGCGGAGAACGCAGUUCGAAAACGAAAAGCUGCGAAAUUGUUACCGCUGCGCAUGCGCAGACAGCUUGUACUUGUUGUGGUAGCUCGGCUUAAUUACUACCGAUCGCCCCGAGUCGCCCAUCGAGUACCACCUCGAUCGUAAAGUUUAGUUGUUUGUCUGCAUUUUUCCCGGGGCCUACCUGUUUGUGUCGAAAUGGAAGCGUGGAAACAGCUGCCAAAUGGGGGGCGGAUGCGGAUACUCCUUCUGCUGCUCGCACUGGUCUUCAAUUUAACCCACCAGAGCCUGGCCUGGCGCCCGUGUCCGGAGCUCAGUCCCGCCCUGCGACUGCCGUGCAGGUGCAACGUGGUGCCUUUCGCGGCGACUGGCCAGCUCGGAGCCGUGGCCAUGGAUUGUGAUCGCGUCGUCUUUCACGGCGAUGCCCCCCAGCUUCCGUACGGAGCGCCCAUCGUGGCGUAUACGCAACGCUAUUCCGGACAACAGGUGCUACCCUCCCAGACCUUUGGCCAACUCAAGCUAACCAUUGAGGAGCUGGAUCUUUCCAACAACUUAAUUCGAAGAAUCCCCGAAAAAGCCUUUGAUGGUCUUAAGGAUUCAUUGAACGAACUGCGAUUGGCUAAUAAUUUGUUGGGCGAUAAUCUUAACCCGAUCUUCUCCACCGCCGAACUGCAUGUUUUAAAAAAUCUUCGCAUCCUGGACUUGUCAGGAAACAAGAUAAAGCAAAUCGAAGAAGGUGUUCUGAAGGGCUGCAUGGAUUUAAGGGAGUUCUACAUAGAUCGGAAUAGCUUGACGGCAGUACCAACGAAUUCUUUAAACGGACCCAGUGCCCUGAGGCAUCUCUCUUUGCGCCAAAAUCAUAUUGUUGCGCUUUUUCCGGACUCCUUCAGUGCUCAGCGCCAAUUGGAGAUCAUUGAUCUUCGUCACAAUUUUAUCCGUUCUAUUGACAGUCAGGCUUUCAAGGGUCUUCAAAAGAUUCGGGAAAUCAAACUGGCGGGAAAUCGCAUCAGUCACCUGAAUAGCGAUGUUUUUGAACAACUCCAAUCUCUGCAGAAACUGGACUUGUCGGAGAACUUCUUCAACCAAUUUCCAGUGGUUGCUCUGGCGGCAGUUCCUUCUCUGAAGCAUCUUAAUUUGUCCUCAAAUAUGCUACAGCAAUUAGACUAUUCCAACAUGCAGGUGGUAAGAGCUUUGGAAACCUUGGACAUAAGUCGCAACACUAUAACCAGCAUUACUCCUGGCACCUUCCGGGAAAUGAAUUCUCUGAAGUAUUUGGAUAUCAGCCUCAAUUCUUUAAGAACGAUCGAAGAUGAUGCCUUGGAGGGAUUGGAUAGCUUGCAAACCCUCAUCAUAAAAGAUAAUAAUAUACUCUUGGUGCCUGGAAGUGCUCUGGGUCGUUUACCCCAACUGACUUCCCUGCAUCUUGACUUUAACCGCGUGGCUGCUCUCUCCGCAGAGAUUCUUGGAUCCCUGCAGGCCGGCGACAUUACAACAUUGUCACUGUCCCGGAAUGUCAUCCGAGAACUGCCGCCCGGCAGCUUCCAGAUGUUCAGCAGUCUGCACACCCUGGAUCUUUCGGGUAACUCCUUGGCCGUGAUCAAUGCAGAUACCUUCGCAGGAUUGGAGAGCACACUGAUGGCACUGAAGCUGUCUCAAAACAGAUUGACUGGUCUGGGUGGUACUCCAUGGGUCCUGCCGGAGCUGAGGAGUCUGGACCUGAGUGGCAAUAGCCUGACAGAGCUGCCCAACAAUAUCUUUGACGACUUGGAAACUUUGCAGUCCCUAAAUUUGAGUGGUAAUCAUCUGAGUCCCCUGACUGGAGCCCUGCUGAAGCCCUUGGAUCGACUGCAAGUCAUUGAUCUAAGUCGCUGCAAUAUUCGCCAGCUAAGCGGCGAUCUUUUCGCUGGCCUCCAGGAUCUAAAGCACAUUCAUCUGAACGACAAUCAACUCCAAGAGUUGCAGGAUGGCAGCUUCGUCAACUUGUGGAACAUAAGCUCCAUAGAUUUGUCCAACAAUCGCAUUGCAUCGAUCCGUACUGGAGCAUUUGUGAAUGUGAUGAAGCUACAGAAGUUAAGUCUGCGUGGAAACCAACUAUCGGCCUUCAAGGGCGAAUAUUUUAAUACAGGAACUGGUAUCGAAGAACUGGAUAUUUCGGAUAACCAACUGAGCUACCUGUUUCCCUCAUCAUUCCGGAUUCAUCCGAGGCUGCGAGAGAUCAAAGCUGCAAAUAAUAAAUUCUCCUUUUUCCCGGCAGAGCUAAUAACUACUCUGCAGUAUUUGGAGUACGUCGAUCUAUCCCACAAUCAGCUGAAGACCAUUGAGGAGCUGGACUUUGCCCGACUGCCACGUCUGCGGGUUUUGUUAGUUGCCAACAACCAGCUGGAUAUGGUCAGUGAGAUGGCAUUCCACAACUCCACACAGCUGCAAAUCCUUGAUUUGGCAAACAACAACCUGGACAGAGUUGGAGAACGAACCUUCGAGGGAUUGAUUCGAUUGGAGCAGUUGAAUCUGGAAGGAAAUCGCUUGACAGAGCUCUCAGAUGGCGUUUUCGAGCGUUCCAAGCUUCAGAUGCUGGAGAAUGUUAACCUGGCUAAUAACCGAUUUGAAUAUGCUCCAUUGAAUGCCCUCCAGCGGCAGUUCUUCUUUGUGUCCUCCGUGGACUUGAGUCACAACCGGAUCAAGGAGUUGCCCGGGGACGAUAGUAUCAUGGUUAACAUCAAGAGAAUAGAUCUAUCAUUCAAUCCUUUGACAAAGCAGGCAGUUCAUAAUGUCCUGAAUGAACCCAAAACGGUCAGAGAACUCAACCUGGCUGGUACGGGAAUUGAGGAACUGGAACUCCUCGAGACACCUUUCCUGCAAUACCUCAAUCUCUCGCACAACAAGUUGAAAAACGUGAAACCGGAGGUAUUCCAAAGAGUAACGCUCCUGGAAACGUUGGAUUUGUCCAGCAACGAAUUAAUGUCCUUGGACGAUAUUUCCGGUGCUUGGCCUCAACUUCAAGUACUGCAAUCCCUGGACGUGUCCAACAAUAGCUUCGAUAUCAUUACCCAGUCGAACUUCGCUCAUUUACAGACGUUGCGGUCCUUGCGAUUAAGCCAUCUUCCGCAGUGCAGCAGGAUCGAGAAGAACUCCUUCAAACCGCUAGCGAAUCUGAUUAACUUGGAGGCGUUUGACCUUCCCUUGUUAGGCUAUCUGGACCUGCAGGGUAUUCUGGAACUCCUGCCUGGACUGGAGACGUUGGACAUAGAGGUAAAGGACUCUAGCAUUGGCAGUGAGCAGAUCCAACCCCUUAAGCAUCCGCGCCUUAAGAGUUUGGGAAUCCGCGGAGAAAGAUUAAAGUCGAUAUCAUCAGGAACAUUAGCCGGCUUGAAGAGCAGUGACUUGAGCGUCCAACUAAGGAACACUUCUCUCAGUGCCCUGCCCCCAGCACUGCUGUUCCCAGUGCCUCGAUCCUCCCACCUUAACCUUGAUGUGGAGGGUUCCAAGAUCACAGUUUUGGUGCCUCAAUUCCUGAAUGCUCUAGAGGAUCGAAGAGCGAGCCUGCAGCUUCGCGGAUUGGGCAGUAACCCCAUUGUGUGCGACUGCAAUGCCAGAGCUCUGCGCCGUUGGUUGCCCAAUUCUGGAAUGCCGGAUGUCACCUGCCAGGCGCCAGCAUACCUCGCCAACCGGAAACUCAUCGAAGUCGGCGAUGAUGAACUCACUUGCGAUGCUAGGAGGAUGACUUCGUCCACUUCCCGACCCACUUCAGCCACCAUGCCACAUCUAUUGAAGACCUCCAGCCAGUUGGUGACACGGAGUAGUUCCACCACCGAAGAGCCUCUCAUUAUUUGGAGCUUAGAGCCCACCCAGCCACCAACCCUCAAGAAGAUCAAGACCAAAGCGCCUCUAAUGAAGGCCCAAUCUCCGAUAAUGAGCAACGACGAUACACUGAUCAUAGGCAUUGUGGGUGGAGUGGUGGCCUUCAUAGCCAUAUUGAUAAUUAUCAUUUGCAUCAUUCGGUUGAGGAUGAGCAAUGCAGAGUACCAGCAGAAUGCUGCCAUGAUUGGCAUACCAGCGGGCAUGCAACUUGGGGCCCACAAUGCAGCUUAUAAUUACAAGAAUGGAGGCGGAGCAGCUCUGUAUGCAGUGCCACCUUACCAGGCCAGUUAUGCAACGCUCCCGCACAAGGCGGCCUCCAUCCACCAGUCCAGCCAGAAUCUCUCCCAGCGCCAGCAGCAGCAGCAACACCAGCAACAGCAGCAGCAAGCGGCGGCAGCGGCAGCGGCGUAUUCGACCAUGUCGCGGAUGUCUUACUUCAGCGGAGCGGGCGGCGGAGCGGGAGGAAACGGUGCUGACGGAGCCGACAGCCUAUCCCACCAUCAACAGCAUCAGCACCAGCCCUAUAUCAUAUAUUCGGAUGACAAGGCCUACAGAUAAGCCAUAGCGUCCUCCAGUGGCAGCUUCAUCUUUCCCACUCUCCCUCCACCACAUCUCUGCAUUUCCAGUCUCAGUCUCAGUCAGUCAGGCUUCGUGCCACCAAACAGGUUCUACAUUAUCGCCACUCUCAGCCAACGUUGUAUAUAGAGAUUUAAAAUCACACUAACUGUAACCCUUACUAUAUCUACUAUAUCUAACAUAAUUAAGUGCAAGCAAAGUCGCGUAUGCGGAAUAAACAAAUCUAGUAUAA